AUGACUUUGAUGCAUACAUAUUUUUGUAUUGAAUAUUAUUUAAAUGAUCGUUUACGAUUGAUACCAAUAUUAUUGGAUAUACCAAUGUUUGCUAUUACCUGUAAUCAAAUUUCCUAUCUAUUGGGACAUUUAUUUUUAUCAAUAAAUUUUCAAUUAUUUAUAAUUGAAUUUUUUAAAUCACAAUUAAAACAAUUAUUACAAUUAUCAAAAUCAUUAUUAUUAUUAUUUUAUAAACAACAACGAAGACGACGACGAAAUUAUCUUGUUGAAGAAUUAUUUUGGAAAAAUUUUCAAACAAAAUAUAUAAAAUUAUUUUGUGAAACAAAACAUUUCAAUCAAACAUUUAGUAUUGUAUUAUUUUAUUUAGAAAUAAUAUCCAAAUUAUCUAUUUUACUUGCAACAAUAUUUUUUAGUAAACAAAAACAAAUGAGUCUUUAUAAUACAACCGCAUUGAUUAGUUUAAUGUCAUUAUUUUGUUAUACAACAUUUUUAUAUGUACGUAUAUCGAAUAUACCAACAUUCAAUCAUCAAUGUUCAAAAAUAUUAACAUAUUUAAUAAUAAAACGAUCAAAAUUAUUAUAUUAUCCAUAUAGACAAUAUCAAUGGAAACAAACAAUUCAUUAUAAUCUAUUUAUACAGACAAUAAUGAAUAAUCAAUUUGGUUUUACAUGUGGUCAAUUAUUUUUUAUUAAUAAAUAUAAAUAUAUUGAAAUAUUAAUGAUAAAUUUACCGAUAAUUUUAUUAUUUUAU